CCUCCGGAAAAGUCCAAGCCCGGCCGGGUCUCGAGCUCCACUUGCUUCUGCAGCCCCUGACGUGCGUGCGCUCUCUUCCAGCCCGCUUGGACGCACUUCGCCGCUGCCACCACCACAGCUGCUCAGAAUGGCCAACAGGGGACCUUCAUACGGCCUGAGCCGGGAGGUGCAGCAGAAGAUUGAGAAGCAGUACGAUGCGGAUCUGGAGCAGAUCCUGAUCCAGUGGAUCACCACUCAGUGCCGCAAGGACGUGAGCCAGCCCCAGCCUGGGCGUGACAACUUCCAGAACUGGCUCAAGGACGGCACGGUGCUGUGUGAGCUCAUUAACUCGCUAUAUCCUGAGGGGCAGGCCCCGGUAAAGAAGAUCCAGGCCUCUACGAUGGCCUUCAAGCAGAUGGAGCAGAUCUCUCAAUUCCUGCAGGCAGCUGAGCGUUACGGCAUCAACACCACGGACAUCUUCCAGACUGUGGAUCUCUGGGAAGGAAAGAACAUGGCUUGUGUGCAGCGGACACUAAUGAACCUGGGUGGGCUGGCCGUAGCCAGGGACGAUGGGCUCUUCUGUGGGGAUCCCAACUGGUUUCCUAAGAAAUCCAAGGAGAACCCUCGGAAUUUCUCGGACAACCAGUUGCAAGAGGGCAAGAAUGUGAUUGGGUUGCAGAUGGGCACCAACCGUGGAGCGUCUCAGGCUGGCAUGACUGGCUAUGGGAUGCCACGACAGAUCCUCUGAUCAUGCCCCCUCCUCUUCCCCCGCCCUCCACGAAUGGUUAAUAUAUAUGUAUAUAUCUGUUUUAGCAGACAUUCCCUGAGAGCCCCUGAAUCGCUAAGCUCCCCUCUGCCAGGGUGGGGGUCCAACCUAUCUUGUCACCGCUGGCAGUGCCUGAUAAUUGCAACCCCCCUCUCCUCUCUCUGGGCUUACUAAUGCAUUCCUUCCUCCGCAACCAUCAAAACUGGACCAACGGAAACCCUGGGACCAAAGCCUCCUCCCCACGGCAUGUUUCUGCUUUCCUGACCUCUUCUUUCAGUCCAUCUCUUGGCGAGGAGUCAGAGAUCCUGCCCUGUAGCCCGAUGCCGCACUGACCCUUCCUUCUACAAGGAGGCCUCGCCUACGGUGUGGCUGCAGGGACUUAAUUUAUAGGGAGGGGUCUGUGGCUGUCGCUCCAGCCACAGCUGGGCUGUACUUUACCACACAUCUGGGCAGCUUUCCCUAGCAGAGGCCCUUUGGGGUUCUUUCUUUCCACUGCUCUCACCGUGGUUAAGGGGCAGAGCAGAGGGAGAAGAGCUGCCCGCCACGGGCUGGGGCUUGAGGAACACGAGUUUGCUGAUUUUAAAUAAAAAGAAAUCUCAUUCUCUUCUGGAA